GUCGCGCACAGUCCGCCCGUUGCUGUGCUGGUGCACGCACACACGCGGAAGCAGCUGACAAAUCGGAGCUCCUUUUCAAUCCAUGAAGCCUCGAAUGCAUGCGUGCGUGCGUCCGUGCGUCCGUGCGUGUAUGCGCCCACGGCCGGCUGCUGCUGCCGCCGCCGCCGCUGUCACUUGCCAACCGCAGAUACACCUGGAUGCAAUCGGCGGGCGGACAGAAAGGAAAGGAAAGGAAAGGAAAGGACGCUCCCAUCACGCACGGGAGAAUGACACGCAUCAGCUGAGCGCACAGUCAGACCGAAAACAGCAUGCGCUAGUGAGUGUGAAGCGGCUGGCUGCUCUUUUUGGUGAGAUAGGCAGAGUUUGGAGUUGGAUGGUGCACAUGCGCUAGGUCGCCGGUCAUGACCCCAUCAUAAAUGACCGUGAUGUUUUCUUUAUCUACAUUGCUGCGCCUGUCCAUUCGCCAAUGUUUAUUGCCGCUCUCAACUUUAGUGAUAUCUGUUGGCUUUAGUACUCGGUCAUUUUAAGAGCAGUCGUAAAGCUGCUGUUGUCGUCGCCAACUCUUUUCUUCAUCUCGGGAGAAACUCCAAAUACCCUGGUCUGAUUGGAGACCCAAAGCCCAGGAUCUAGCAACGAUGAAACAGACUUAGGCCCGCUAUUGUUCUCUUUGCUUUACUGCGUCGUGUUGUGUUUCUUUGUUCUUUGUUGUCAUGGCUGGCUUACACUGUGUCACGCUGUUAAAUGAUGUCAUACUAUUUACAUAGCUGAUGCGGAUAUUGCAGCAGAGACUGCAGUAGGACUCGAGUCGGAUCAAGGUUUAGUGCUCGAGUGGACUGUGAAUGGCUGGCGACCGGUUCAGGGUCGAGCCUGCCCACCCAAAAGACUGCUGGGAUCGAUCGGCUCCAGGAUGAAGGAAAACUUAAUGGAAACAAAUGAAAGGUGUUUGGAAGUGGAUAUGAAGAUGAGCUAAGUGACAGGAGGCAGAGAUUGGAGGGGUGAGGAUGAGAUGGGCCAUUCAUUGAAUUCUUCCUACGAGUUGACCAGACCAUUGUGAAAGAAUCAAACCUUGUGGCUGCCUUGCCUAUGCAUUGUGGUCGUUUAAAAAAAAACUAAAGUAUCUAGUCUUUGCCUACCACAAUGAAAACUCCAACAAGGACACCGAAGCUUUAGCACCGUCCGCAGUCCGGAGCUUCAAACAUUUGUUACCCUUCCAUACCCAUCCAAGCUUUCCCUCCUCCUCUCUCUCUCUCUCUCUCUCUCUCUCUCUCUCUCUCUCUCUCUCUCUCCUGUGGCACUUGGCACCAGUGCCUAUCACAUAGACAGAUGGAGCCAACCCUGACCCCUCGCCUCGCCUUGCCUCGCCUCGCCUCGCCUCGCCUGCAGAGAUGCCAAGAGAAUCAAUGACUGACUAAAGGUGAUGUGGGCCUCCAUUUGCAAAUUGUAUUCAUGCAAGCACCAAGGUGAACGAGGAUCCGGCUUUUCGGGACCUGAACGGACUGGAUAAGUGCCGCCGCGGGCAAGACAAUAAUACACGGCCAAGUGCUUUUAGACAUACAUACAUACAUACACAGCAUUGCCUCUUAUUCCCAUGGCAAAGCCUCUCAAGAGAGCCGGGGGGCCUCGAGGUUAACAGUCCCCCGGCUCAAAGCCCUGGACUUGCCUUUCCUAACUGCGUCAGCUGUCAGCGAAGGUGACGCGGCUUGAAAGGAUUCUCAAGUGGAUUCUUUAUCCUCUGCGGCGGUGGCGGCGGCGGCGGCGGCCAUAUUCAUCAGGCGUGGAGUGGCAGCAAGAUGCCUGAACUGGACCAUAUGCCCCCCCUGAGGAGACCCGAAAUGGGCCUCCACGGUCCCGCCGACCCGAUUCAAAUUCAGCACGGCAUCCUGGAGGAACAAGUGGAGCUGUGGUGGUUCCGAGAACCCGGCAAGUCUCUGCUGUGCUAUUCCAUCGCCGUCUUUCUCAUCGUGGGCUGCGGGCUGGGAGGCGUGGGCCUCCUCUCCACCACCACCAGCGUGUCCAGCGAAUGGCGGCUGGGCGCCGGCACGGCCCUUUGCCUGCUGGCCUUGGGGGUUUUGCUCAAACAACUGCUCAGCUCGGCCGUGCAGGACAUGAAUUGCAUCCGCAGCCGACGGCAGAUCGACAUGCUAAAAAGCGGAGGCUUGUCGGAUUUCCUGGUGGUUUUGACGGCUGGGAUGUCCCUGCUCAUUUGCGGAGGGGUUCUACUACAUCUGGCCCUAGUCAACCACAUGCCCAAACCCGGACAAGCGCUCAACGAUAUGUACGUAUCUGGCGUGGUGUUGCUGACUGGAGGAGGGGCCGCCGUGGCGGGCGUUGGAAUUUACUCUCUGGCCGUCUUCCUGCUCGAGAGAACGCGACACGGACGAAGGUUUGUCGACACCGUUUUCAACAUCUUCACCAUCUCCGGACAUAUGGACCACCGGGCUCGCGGAGAAACGACCUCCAGUCUGGCUAAUCUCAUAUGAAAUGAAAGAGCACAGCAAUGACUAAACUGACUGAAAAGGUCAACUAUCACCAAACUGCGUCGUCUCCCGUUGUAGUUUGGGUACAUACCUAUGUAUAACAAGUACAGAGCCGUGCAAUGUGGCCUCGGAAAGAUCAAAUCAGCGCAUUCGGCUAAGCUUCCAAUGUUCAUUGUGAGGAAAAAUGUGAUCGGUCAACAGUACAAGGCAAAACGACAGGCCGUGAGAUGGAAACAAGCACAUCCCCUGAUUGCGUUAACAUAAUGGCAUUAAUGAUUCAUUUAGAAUUGCACUGCUAAAUGAUUUGAUAUGUGCUACAAUAAAAAUCAAGAAGAAACAA